GAGAAGUUAAUGGCAUUAAUGGAGAUCGUAGAAAUCGUGGAACAAGUGUGAAAAAUAUGUGACACUACCAGGAAUAUUGAGGGGUGGGGUCGCCUUGGAACAUUGGAACAGUUGGAAUUUGGAACUAUCUGUCAUUAGACACAUGUGCUGGUUUCCAUUGAUAUUCCUUUCCCAAGCUGUGAUGACAAUUAAUGACAAGUAGUUUCUCGCCGAAAAAACGGAGCAUUCCACUUCUGCAUCUCGCGCACGAGAAAGAUGUAUGACAUAUGCCAUCCCAGCUAUUAUCAUCUGUGCAAACUUGGCUGUAAUGACGCGAUAAAAACAAGCACCGCCUUUUAUGUCUACAUUGAAAUAUGCGAAGUGAAGCGAUACUGGGAUGUCAAAUACAAGUAUAACGAAGAACUUGACGUAAUCUAUUUCGAAGUGAAGAAAAGAGAGAAUUCUCAGCCAGAGAUCUAUGUACCUUGGCCAACAAAGUAUAACAUCUGUUUAAACAAGAUUGAGAAAAUGCAAAAAUUAUUGCAAAAUGAACGGUUGACAUUUGUAUUUAAAUCGGAAGACAGUAGUAGUGUUUUCUAUACAGUAACCACUGGCCUUUCGAAACCAGCUACACCAGAAACAAGUAAACAACAAAAAGAAAAAGCUGAAAAGAUACUAAAUCUCGAAAGUGAAAUCCGAAGAAAUACAUCAAACUUAUAUGAAUUAGCAAAGACUUUAGAUUCUUCUCACGAAACUAGCGAACAAAUUGAUUUGGAUACUACAAACUCUUUGAAUACUGAACAUUCCAGUGUAAAGAUAUUAUGA